UUCAAAGUACUUGAUCGAUGGGAUCUUUGAAUUGAUGUAUGCAUGCCAACCCUAGGAAAAUAAAUCUACAACGCAGACUUAUUACAAGUGUGAACUUACCAACAUCACGAUUGAGGACGUGAGAACAGAUGCUUCUCGACACCGGAGGUUUUGGUUCGUGGUCGUGUCCAUCCAUGUCAUGACCGGUGGGCACAGGUACCGUACCGCGAAUUUCCAAAGUCCAAACAUCCAAAUGCAGUCCAAUCCUGGGCCCCGAUGAAGGUUGACGCUGGGAUCCACGGCCAUGCCCCUCAAUCGGCAACCCCCAAACUUCCAAACUGACCCCACCAUUCAUUCGUCCACCUACCCUUACUGUACGAGCUCCCGCCGCCGGCAGAAGAUGUGGCGCGCCUUUUAAAUGCGAAUCAGCCGCCCACCCCCGACCCGACCUACCUGCUAUGUACCUUGCGAAAGAUUCGCUCAAACAGGUCCUAUCACAUUCAUCGGACUUUGCCAUAUACAACACUGAGUGUGUUUGGUCUUGAGUCGCCUGCCCCGAACUUCCCCAGCGGUGAUUUCUCUCAGCUAAGCAACGACGGUUACUGCAACCCUGCAGCAGAACCCCGGAGCAUUCAAUCCGAAGGCAACCUCGAGUUUUCCUUGUACUCGACCAUUUUCCAUCUAUUACCGGCGGAUCUGACGAGAUCCGGGCUUUUCGGCGAAGGCUUCCACCCCGGGGUAACAGCUUGUACCAGGAGCAGAAGAUUCUUGGAUUUGUGCCUAACAGGUCCGACUCGAUCAAAAAGGACCCGCGAGCUGACUCUCGGUAACAACAAUUCCAUCGUAACUCGCCCAGUGCGAUCUGCCCGCCGUCAAAAUGGCCGACCCGUUUGCGCCGCGCACCAUGAAGCGCAGGAACGUCAAGGGACUCGCCUUGACUCCUGCAGCACCGAAGCCGCCCCCAACCGCGGAGAACGCCCCUAUCCACAGAGACUCGGAUCAGCAUGCACAACUCGAGAUUGGUAUUGAGUUUAACCUGGACCUCCGCCCCGAGGACUUGGAGGUUAUCAAGGAUCUCGGUUCUGGUAACGGAGGCACGGUCAGCAAAGUCAGGCAUAUUCCGACAAACACGGUCAUGGCGCGCAAGGUCAUACACGUUGAGGCCAAGCGCGAGAUGCGGAAGCGCAUUGUGCGAGAACUACAGAUCAUGCACAGUUGCAAUUCCGAGUACAUCGUCACAUUCUAUGGUGCUUUCCUCAACGAGAACAACGAUGUCAUCAUGUGUAUGGAGUACGCAGAUGUUGGGUCACUAGAUCGCGUGUCGAGGGUGUUCGGUCCCAUAAGAGUUGAUGUGCUGGGGAAGAUCGCCGAGGCCACCCUCGGAGGCCUAACCUACCUUUACGCAAAACAUCACAUUAUGCAUCGUGACAUUAAGCCAUCGAAUAUCUUGGUCAACUCCAGGGGAUCGAUCAAGCUGUGCGACUUUGGUGUGUCGGGAGAACUUAUUAACUCGAUAGCCGAUACGUUUGUCGGCACUUCAACUUACAUGGCCCCUGAGAGAAUUCAGGGAGAAAAGUACACGGUUAAGUCAGAUGUUUGGAGUUUUGGUCUCAGCAUUAUGGAGCUUGCAAUUGGCAAGUUCCCCUUUGCGGCAAGCGAACAGCUUUCAGAUGCCGAGUCGGCGCCUGCCGGUAUCCUUGAUCUUUUGCAGCAGAUUGUACACGAGCCGGCACCGAAAUUGCCGAAGAGCGAUGCUUUCCCCCAAAUUCUCGAGGAUAUGAUUCAGAAGUGUCUCUACAAGAACCCGGACGACAGACCAACGCCAGAGGAGCUCUUUGAGCGCGAUCCUUUUGUGCAAGCAGCGAAGCGGACGCCUGUCGACCUACGCGAGUGGGCGUUUGGGUUGAUGGAGCGGGAUAACCGCAAGUCGCACCUUGCGCCGCAGCUCUCGCCGGCGACGGCAGACCUAUUACGGUCAAGCGAUUCGCCUACGGCGACGUACCACGGCGACGACCGCCCGUUAGAAACCCCUACCUCAGCAUAUCGAGUCGAUCCCCGACGAGGGCCGGCGGAGGGAUCGGCGGGCUUGGCAGACCAGGUGGAUCGGCUUUACAUCCGGGACUAGGGCCGAGGAUGGCUACAACCAGCUCGGUCCCUAUGUCUUCGGGUGCUAGCUACCACGGGGUCUCGUCUUCGUCUGCCGAUUACGCCUCCGCCAUACCCGCCCAACCCUCGAGCGCGAGCAAGGCGACCUUCUCACUACCUAUGCGACCGGCCCCCGCCGGCACGAUUCCUCCGCCCCCUCCGCGGAAAGAGACACCCGACGAGUCUAAGAAAGAAAGCAGGCGGCAGGCCCUUUUCGGUCCGCCGUCAUCGACUGGGAGUUAUGGUUUCUAGGUUACUCUUUUCGAUGCGUUAUGCUCAGGGGGUUCUCUUUCUACUUGUUUCGAUAUUGGAGCUUGCGGGGGACAGAGCGCGGCCAUUGUCUUUUUUUUUCAUUUUAUUCUUCACCAUUUCUCUAGACCUGACUGAGUAUACAUCGGAUUUUGUCUCCUGAUUGGUGUGGUUACUGCUAUGAUCACCAUGCCUCCUGACCCAAAGAACGUCGUCCAGAAAGCCUCGGGUCUGGACCCGGGUAUCAGAUACGGGGGUUAACUAAGCUCUCACGCUUGCUAUAAUGGCGGUACAUGUAAACCUUGUCGGACCUCAGUCAACUCUGCUCAUUCAAUGAUAAUGCCUAUUCCAGGAGAAGCAUAGUCUGUAUGUCAUCCCAAGCCACUAUAUACGAGCAUACUUACAUAUACAAGCAUAGGAAAGUAUUGUACCUCCCGGCUAUCGAAAUUCGGGUAGCGGAAGCGCCCGGACCACCGCAUUGGGUGGGUAUUCGGAUGAAUGUUCCUAAAGAAACAAUCUUGGGGCAUAGUCGGGAUUUGGCAUCCCAAGUUCUCUAUCUAAACUAGUCGAUGGUCACACGAGCCAAAUCCAGGCUUAUAUUUCCUCUUUGCAUCUGGCUCUUAUCCGCGAUGGUGCUCCCUCGGCCUUUUAGUAUCGGACACGCUUAAUCCCGAUUCGCCGCCGAUGGCAACUUUGCAGCGAUGACAGUAUUGGACCGUUUUGGGAAAUAGUUACCUUGGGUUCUACAGAUGGCAGUUGCGAUGGCUCGAGCUUGCGAAUUGGGGCCAAAGCGGCGCUAUGGACGUUUGUACCGUAUCUGCCUUUGCCCCUCCCUCGCUAUUCUAUCCCUAUAAGGAUUGUCUUCGUCUUUGACCGGGCAGCUUUCUUACCGUCUCAUGUCAAUAGGCCGAGAGGUAGACUUUUGCUGAGCCGGUGGUGCCUCUGGCGGAGUUUGGUUCCGCAGUCG